GGCUCAGCUCAGUCCGUGCCGGGGCCGCGUCCGCGCGGUCGUCGCCUGCUCUCUGUCCGCUGCGGCCGGAGUGUCUCCGCGACCGCGGGCGCCCGGCGGCGGCGGCGAGCCUCGCGCCGCCCGCCCCCGCGCUCAUGCCGCACCCCUGCGCAGCCUCAGCGCGCCCCCUGCAGCCCCCAAGCCCGCCGCCGUGCGCCGCCACAGCCUGGCAGCGCUCUCCGCUCCCGAGCCCGCGCCCGCGCCGCGACUGCGGCCCGUCUUCCUCUGGGCGAAACAGCUCGACGGCACGGUGCAGGAGGUCCGCUGCGAGGACUACGACCCGCGCAACCGCAUCCGCAUAGUCCGCACGCCCACCGGCUGGCGCGUCAUCCCGCGCACCGAGAUCUACAACGCGAUCCGCGUGCCGCUGACGCCGAGGCGCGAGCGCCGCUCCCGCCGCCGCCGCCGCUCCGGCCGCUUCGAGCGCCAGUGCGAGCCCGUGGCCGCGUGGCUCGCUCCCGACCUGGAGUCCCACAUCCCCUCGCACACGAUCGCAGUGCCCCGCAUGGUGCAGCCGUCGCCGCCGCCCGAACCGACGCCGCUCGACAACCUCCUCGCGGUGGCUGAGCUCGAGUUCAACCAACAGCGCGGCGAGGAACUGGAACUGGAGCUACAAGCGUCCUCUAACGGCCAGUACGCGUUCCUGCCGGAGGAACAAGUAGCUCGAGACGUGAUGUCCUUCGAGCUCGGCGAACCGAAGACGGAUGAGAUGUUCUUCGAGCGUAAAACGCAUGCACCGGAGCGCGCGGCCGAAGACGACGCAUUCCAGAGUGAUAUGGGUGUUCAUAAGGAUUUGUUUGAUACUAUCAGUGAGGCACACUAUUUACCAGAGCUUACCGGGCCGCAUGAUGAAGCUUUGCUGGAAUCUCUUGUAGAGAAAGGUUGUGAAGAUAAUCAGAUUUUAGGCCAGGCGCUCGACAAGCUAGCGCAUCUCGUUCAUGGUUCAGGCGAUUAUGCUGAAGAGGAGGAAGACAUGAUGUUGGGAGGUGCUCCGGUCGCUGAUAUCAUUGACCGGUUAGAGCAAUCUCUGGAAUCACCCGGACGUAGCAGUAUAACCGCUGCACAAGGUUUACUUCAUCUACAUCAUAUAGGAGAUCAUCUCCCGCCUCCAGAACAACAACAAGAUGUAGAUCAAACGUAUAUAAGUGAUGAUGUAUUUGUCCCGGAUCCCCCUACGGAAUGUUCAUUGGAAGCAUUGCAUACUGGAGCAGAUAUACAGGAAAUGGAUCAAGUUAACCUUUUAGAACAUUUUAAUAAAGAAAAGAAGCUAGAAAAUGACGUUAAUAUUACUGAUGUCAUGUAUACCGAACCUGUACCUGAAACACAUGCUAAUUACGAAAACAAAACGUUUGAAGAGCAACAGACACAAUCUAUACCUGAUCACAGUGAAGUUACACUACCUCCUGUAACAAAUAAUGAAGAAAAUAGUGCGAAAACUAGUGAUUCAGUUCCGAAAAUGGAAGUUGAUGAACCUGAGCAACCGGAUGUACAAGAGCCAAAGCCAGAACAAGAUAUUGUACCUAUGGACUUUGAAAAUGACCUUGCACAACCAUCCAAUAAUGAUGAAAUGACACCUACAGACUUAAGCGUAAAAGCCGUAAAUAAGCCUACUAUUCCAGUCGUAGUGGCCAGCGUAGCAGAAACCACAAAUGCUACCGAAGACAAUCUCUCUGACAAAAGUGACGAACAACCUAGAGACUUGAGCGUUCACCGCAGGUUGCCUACUCCGCAUGCGUCGCCGCGAAGGAUAGAUAUACCACGGGCGCCGUCGAGGGAGUCAGACGCUAUGCAAUCACCCCAACCGAGUGGCAUCCCCGCCGUGCCGUCUUCACCAGAAAUAUUCACUAUGCCACCCACUAAAAGUAAACAAACUCUGUUUUUAGAAACCCUUCUGUCUUCGCCUUCGCCUAAAAUGUACACAUCUGAGGUGACGAUCACUAAACAACAAUGCGAGCCUUUAAAUCUAGGUAAACAUCGAAAAUCUGCAAGCCCUACUGUCUCCAGCUGUUCAGACGAAAUGAGGAAGUUAAACAAAGAUUUUGAAGAGCCACAAGAGAAAAGGAUAAAACGCGAAUCCACUGAAGAUUUGGCCAAAAUUAGUAAAGUAUUUAAUAAAUGCAGUGAAGACCAAAUAUCUGGAUCUAAAGAAAAGAAAACUGACAAACCAAGUCGUAAACCAACUGAGGAAGCGAAUCCGAGUCCUAUCAAACAAUUACAAGUCUUAAAAACAAGUCCAGAUUUUAACAUUCCAGAUCCGUUAUUGAUUCCAAAAGACAAACUGAAUGGUAUAUUAGAAGCUCCAGCUAAAGAAAUACCAGCGUUGUUAAUACAACGUCCUGAAUUGAGACUGCCUCAAGCAUUUGCGUUCCCUUCAGUGUUGCAAGACCCUGAAAUACUCGUUGUUUCUUUACAACAGUUAGAGAACAUCUUAGAAAAUGAUGCUAAACCCAAUGCCGUUCCGUUUCCUAAGCCGAAAGUAAUGGUAAAGCCUGCGAAGAUUGAAUCUCCAAAGAGUGCACCCACACCUACACCUACAGAGCAACCGACAACGCAGCCUGACCAGAGUAGGCCCGACCAAAGUCAACCUAAACCUAUUCCAUCAAUGGACGCCUUGGCUGGCGAUAUCGACGCUGCAACAUCUGCCGCUCUCAAUCAAAUGUUAUGGCUGCCAUAUCUCAGUCAGUUAGAGGCAAUGGCGGCUUGUUCGCAAAACAUGGAUUUCCUAAAAGCUCUCAACUCAUCUGGAUACACAGCUUCAAAUUACCCUGAUUUAUCACAAAUGUUCAACCAUUCAGCAAGAUUUAUGGGUCCGGCGGGCUUUCCUAUGAUGCCUCCUAUGGAUUACGAUAACCGGUUGCAGUUCGCAAUGUGGCAGGAAGCGAUGAACCAGGCGAACGCGUCGCAGAGACAAAAACCUUCAAUGGAAGCUCAAAUGAAGGAGUUAGCGUCGAAAUCCAGUGACGUGCAAAACCCAUACGUGCAUUCCACUAAAAGUCAUCAAAACAAAACGCAUUCCGCGGCACGCACUAGUCCCAUAGCUCACAAUUACAACAGCAAUCAGCGCGCCAUGGCUCACAACCCGUUCUUGCAAGGGAUGUAUCCCGGUAUGAACCCGAACAUACGACCGAACAUGCCGCUGCCGGGCCUUCAAAUACCGUAUUUUAACCCAAAUAUGAUGAGUCAGAGAUCGCCGCGAACGGGCCAGCAGAAAAGUCCGACGUCCCCGUACUAUCCGAACAACAAUUACUUGCAAUCUGUGAAGCAAUCUGAGAGUAAUCACCAGAGAAGUAAUAGUACAAGUUCACAAGAGUCGCCACGUCCGCGGAUCAGUGUCAAGUCGCUCUCGAAUUUGAUGGAGCCGACGGCCGCGGCUGCUGCUUCAGGCGUCGGGUCGUCGGCGCGGAGGAGCAGCUCGUCCGCGGCGCUGGGCCGGAGGAGGGAUGAGCCGGAGGUCGGCAGCACCACGCCGCUCGGAGAGCCGCCGCCGCACCUGCCCCCACAUCCGCACGAUCCUUCAACGUUCCAUUUAUGGCAUCCGCUGUUUGGCAACCAAAAGAACUAUAGCAGCCCUUGGAGCUGGACGACGGUGGCCGCGACGGGCGAAUGACCGCGGGCCCCGCGCGGGCCGCCCGCGCACCCGCAGUGAACGGGGGAGGGGGGGCAGACGGUGGGGGGCGAGGGCUCGUAAGGCAUUAUUGGCUUCAAAUUAUUGAACUUUAUCUCAAUGAGGACGCAGGGUGAGAAGCGCUAGGUGUGACAUCAUCAUUACCACGAUGUACGCGGUUGUAUUACAUACUAUUUGAAAUGACGUCACGCCGCAUAAUAUUACUAAACAUGGCAACUUUUCUAGUGCUUAAUUUAUUAAAACAUGUUCAUACGAUUCAUUGCUAGAUUAUUUCAAUAGCAAACCAAACAUCUCUUAUAGUCUGACCAGAAAGUGAAGAAAUUAUACGAGUGCGCUGUCUCCUGUUGGCUGGCAACACUGGGUGUUUAUCAACCAAUCUUGACCAUUAUAGUUGGUGUUGCCAAUGUAGUUCGUCGAAAAUCCGUUUCUUUAAUUUCUGGACAGACUUUAUGUGGUCAGAACAAAAAACAUAGAUACAAUAUUAUCACACCUAGUGCUUUUUCAGAUCAGUAAUCUUAACUACCUAAACCUCAUCUUUGCUUCCUCAUCUUGAGUUCAAUCACACUCGAAUUAUUAAUUUAAAAAAAAAAACAAAUUCUCAAAAAGAAAAGGUUCUCUAACCAAAGCCUUCGCCCGCCCAGCCUAAGUCAGAAGUGAACGAAUUGAUCCGUCCGGUAUAGUAGACCCCCAGUCGCUGCGGAACCUGGACUCCACGUGAACUGAUCUGUAACUCGUUGCCAACUCAUUCCAACCAGCUUUAAUUCGACUUUCGUAUUUCUUGUCGCAUGUAUACGUUAGCCCAACGUCCCAGCCAAUCUCAGUGCUUAGUUGGUGACCUGUGAGACAGGUCUUCGGGCCUAGAUCAGGCACCAGAUUUCCACAACUGUAGUGAUCAACAUCUUCAUCAAAUGUUCAUCACAUUAUAUUAAUUUUUCUCAAUGUGUUUGUGUAAGAAUGGUAUUCCGCUUGUCAAAUUCUGAUAUCGUAAGAUGAAACAAGAACAUUUGACAAGUAGAAAACCGGCCUAAGAAUGCUUGAUUGGCCACAAUGUUGGACUAAAGUGUACAUUGAUUUUAGACCAAAGCCCAGGUCCCGUCUAUUAAUGUACUGUAGUUCCUACAUUACUUUCAAAUUAGUUGAUUAUCAGCGAUAGACUUCUAGGGUCGAUUCGCACGACACCGCACCUCUCUCACGCUCUUUUAUCUGGCAACCUCAGUAAAACACAAUACAGAUACGUUCACACCGCUAUGCCUAUCGUACGGAAUUGCUAAUUCUAAUGUGAAGCCACCUUUAAGCAUCUGCAUCGGCUACUACACUCUCAAUCGUACUUUAUCCCAAUAGAAAUAAGACGGUAAUUUGAACAAAACGAUUUGAGAAUCUAGUUCCGUAUUUAAAUUUGUUAAGAACGGUUAACGAAAUUGGCGCCAAUUAGUGUUACCAUAUGUAGAUGCUCAGAAAACUAUCAUAUCUAUAAAUUAAGUGUUUAUCGGGUACAGUGACGGAAAGUGCAUAGAACAUUAUUUAUUAGUUGUGAUAUUUAAGUAUAUGACACGAAGCGCGCCGGCGGCAGCGCAUUAGUUCCAAAAGAGUGCAAUGAAAGUUGGACUGUACAUCGUAGUUAGAAAAGUUAAGUGGCAGUGUAUGAUGCAUUUAAUUUAUAUGUGCGGUGACAACAAGUUGUUUUUGUAAAACUGAACUGUUGUAAAAAUGUUAUUUUUACGUUUAUUUUAAUAAGUACCUUAUUGAUAGUUUCCGUUUUUUUAUAUAAUCGUUUUAUUGAUGUUUUAUUGUAAUUCCAAAGGCGACUUGUUGACAUCCUUUGUAAUAAUAACCGUGUUCCAGCCGACGAUUUCUAUAGAAUGUUAUUCAAAUAUAUUUUGUCCUUGAGAUGGAAUACACGUGUAUUGAUUGGAGUAAGUACAUUCUUUGUUAUUCGUAAGCCUAUUAGAAUUAUAUCUUUCAUGAAAGCAAAAGUCAUCAAUAAAAGAACUUUCAUUAUCUAGCUCAUAAUUAAUUGAAAGAAUUUAUCUGCCCUAUAAAAAACUGAAGGCUAAGUCACAUGUAAAAUGAUAUCAAUAUUUUGGGAAAAAAAACUACCAAUCAGUAUAAAAUAAACAAUCGUCGGUUGGUAACAUUGUUCUGGCUAAAAUGAGAGGGCCUAGCUGAAGAAACACUCGUGAUCUCUUUCCCACUGUGUUAUUAAUAAGUAUACUCAUGUUAUAGGACAUUGUACACACUAAUAAAUCAAAUCAAAUCAUUUAUUCAGAAAUUAGACCUUCACAGGCACUUUUUCUCGUCAAUCAUUAUAUAUAUAGUUAUUUCUCACAAGCUACAAACUACUGGCAUUUCGGAACGACCACUGCUGAGAAGAAAUGCCGAAAGAAACUCAUUUGAACAGUGUUGGUCCCUAUCAUGCCAGAUCGGCUUACCAUUAUUGUUUCUUAAAAUGUUUUUUUUUUCUAAUAAUAUAUAAUAACGGGAUAGAGGCUAUUUUUUUAGAAAUAUAAAAAAUAAUAUUAGCUUUUUUAUUUAAGUGUCUGUACAAUGAUGUAAGUAUAUGGAGUAACGAUAAACUUAGUAAAAAUAAAGUAAAAUAAAAGUGGUUUCUAUACACGUGAAGAAAAUUGUAUCUAACCUUCUAUAACAACACUGUUACUUCCACAAAAUGGAUUAAUUUUUCUACAAAAAUAAUAUUUGAAUUAUGUAUAGUCUGUUCCUUAGCUACAAGGGAAAAAAACAAACAAUCGAUUUGCUUUUUGUCUUUGUUUUUCUUAUGCAUUUGUAAGUAUAUUGCGCUCACGUUCAAAUGAUUAUAACUUCACUCGAGUCAAAUUCGCUUCAUAGCUUCAGAAACAUGCAUAUUAUGGAAAAAUCAUUUUAAAUAUAUUAAAUUCGUUCGGUUGGUGUGUACAUUCCUACUCUCUCACUUUGGCCAGCCAAGUCUGUGUUAGAUCUGUAGUGAAACCGAUUCUCUUUCUUAUGAUUUCUAUUUCUAUAUUAACAAUAGAUAAUAAUAAUAAAUGGGUCUAAUAUUACUCUAAUAUAAUAUAAUAAUCAAAUCAUACAUGUGUCUCAUACAAAUUCUGUAUAAUACGAAUAGAAUUUGUAUGUAAUGUGUUUUAUUUUUAUAGAUUAUAGAACAACAAGUUCUAGUUAGUCAUAAGAAAUUGAUGUCGGUGCAAAAUAAUUUUUUUUUAUAUAAAAAAAAAUAAACUAUUUAUUUCGUUGUUAUUUAAGUUUUUUUUUAUUGUUCUCGUUACUUUCCUUGGGAAUCUUUAUCGAUUUAGUAUUAAUAAGUACAAUUUCAUGUGCAGUGUGUAAACGGGACGCGAAAUAUCGGUAACCACCGGUAAAUAUCGGUAAACGUCACUUCUGGCUAAACCUGUUAAAAUGUAAUUUGACAGCAUUGGUGUUGACUAUAUCCGUGCAAAGUAUAAAGUCAGUUUUUAAUAAGGUGUUUUGUAAUACCCGUUUUAAGGGUAUAUAAAUAUUGCCAUCUCGCUCUCAUACAGUCGCUGUUCAACCGCGACGAUUGACAAUCAGGGCUACCAUUCUUUUUCCCCCAGAUUUAAAAUUUUUGCGCGGAUUCAGAAAUGUCAAAUUGGAUUUUCUGUUUUAGACAACAGUACUGGCAACACCUUUUGAUUUAAUCCUUUUCUAGUGUACAAUCCAUUUUUUUUCUAUUCAGAUUGUAUCACUUUAGGCCGGUCGCCGUUUCGAGUUUCAGUCCCGUUGGGCUGAAUGUUGGUUAACUAGUGAAUAUUCACUAUUUCAAAAGUUUCCUGGUGUAAUUACGAUUUGAUAAAUGAAAUUACGCUUCUAAAGUGUGUUACUAUGUAAAUAUAGGAGGAACUAAUACCUACUAUAAUAGUGAAUGUUGUAAUUUGUAUAUAAGUAACGAAAAUUAAAUUUUAAAUACAUAGAUAAUAUUGUG